CAAUUCAUAUUUAGAGAAUUAAAAAAACCACCUCAGGUCAGAAGAGUCUAACGUAGCAUCUACGAUAACAUCCAUUGGUGUGUAUCUCAUCAACACAACAGUAGUACAGCUGUAUUAACACAUUCCAUUCGUUGCGGGGCACCAACUUAUUUCGUAUCACGAUUCCCACCCUUCAUUUAUAUUUAAGCGUUUCGUCUGACUUCAUUGUAGCCGACUUCUCGUUCGAUUCUAGGACGACUUGUUUAUAAAGCAUUCUAACCCACACAUAACACAUCCAGAGUUAUUAAGUCACUAUCAUUGCAACAAGACACCACAGUACUUACCAUGGGCGGUGAGACUACAAAACCAAAGGUCGUUACGACCGAUUACCCCGUCCGGGCACGCGCUCCGGUCGGCAAGCGGAUAACACACAUCUACAAAGAACGUAUUACCCAAUUCUACUCUUCGGGACAAUGGGAACAUCAAAAUCUCCUGGCUAUGAUGUACGAAGGCAUCGCGUCUGGCCCUCCCAAUGUCCGACUUUCAACAUGGCCAGCUCCAGGUCUCUCAAGGCCAACGUUUGAAGAGGCUGUCGCUGGCGAAUAUAAACCUGCUGCUGUCGGCCAGUCCUUCGGCCCUUCUUGGGCUACCCACUGGUUUAAAGUCGUCCUCAAGGUUCCCGCCGAUCUUCGAGAUAAGGAGCAUUUGGAAUUCCAUUGGGACGCCAACAAUGAAGGCAUGGUUUGGACUGAUGACGGCAAACCCUUACAAGGUCUAACUGGUGGAGGCGAACGUGUCGAAUGGAUCCUUCCAGACUCUUUCAGGGAUGGCAAGGAGCACACCAUCUACAUCGAGAUGGCCUGCAAUAGUAUGUUCGGGAAUCCGGCCGGCGAUAUCAUCCAGCCACCGGAUCCAAACAGAAGUUUCCAACUCGUAAGAGCCGACAUUCGUGCCGUUAAUCUAGAUGCCCGCCAACUCUGGAUUGACACUUGGAUAAUUGGUGACGCUGCGAGAGAAUUCCCCGAAGAUUCAUGGGAGCAACACGAGGCCUUGAAUGUUGUCACUAACAUUAUCGACUCUUACGUUCUUGGCGAUAAGAACUCGAUCAAAAAGUGCCGUAAAAUCGCGCAGGAUUACAUUGGGUCUAAUGUCGAUUCCUCCAAGGUUUAUAGCAGCAAACUCCAACCCCAGGUUUUUGGUAUUGGUCAUUGUCAUAUUGACACUUGUUGGCUAUGGCCCUGGGCCGAAACGAAGAGGAAGGUUGCAAGAUCUUGGUCGAACCAAUGUGACUUGAUGGACCGUUACCCGGAGCUCAACUUUGCUUGUUCUCAAGCUCAACAGUACAAAUGGCUAAAAACCCUAUACCCCUAUGCUUUUGAUCGUGUCAAGCAGAAAGUAAAGGAACGUCGAUUCCACCCUAUUGGUGGCAGCUGGGUUGAACAUGAUACCAAUAUGCCAAGUGGCGAGUCCCUCGUGCGUCAAUUUUUAUACGGUCAGAGGUUCUUUGAGAGUAACUUCGGAGAGCGGUGCCGCACAUUCUGGCUACCUGACACCUUUGGAUAUUCGAGUCAACUUCCCCAAGUAUGUCGACUGGCUGGCAUGGAUCGUUUCCUUACACAGAAACUCAGCUGGAAUAACAUCAAUAACUUCCCUCACACGACCUUCAACUGGGUCUCUUUAGAUGGAAGUCAGGUCAUUUGCCACAUGCCGCCGGCUGAGACCUACACUUCGGAAGCUGAGUUUGGAGACGUCAAGCGCAGUAUUUCUCAGCACAAGUCAAUGGACCAAGACCACACUUCGCUAUUGGUCUUUGGCAAAGGUGACGGAGGUGGUGGUCCAACUUGGCAGCAUAUUGAAAAGUUACGACGCUGCCGUGGUAUCAGCGACCAGAUCGGUCGUUUGCCUAGAGUGCACUUAGGCAACUCUGUUGAUGACUUUUUCGACAAGCUCGAAGAAAAGGGCAACAGUUUGGUCACUUGGUACGGCGAGUUAUACUUCGAACUUCACCGUGGAACAUAUACGACUCAAGCAAACAACAAGCGCAAUAACCGAAAGUCGGAAUUUAUGUUGCGGGAACUUGAGCUGUUGGCCACUAUUGCGUCUCUUAAAUUCAACUCGUAUAAAUAUCCGAAGGCGAAGUUUGAUGAAAUGUGGGAAGCAACUCUUCUUUGCCAAUUCCAUGAUUGCCUUCCUGGAAGUGCGAUUGAGAUGUGUUACGAUGACUCAGACGAGCUAUACGAAAAAGUAUUCAAGAUCGGCAAGUCUAUUUACGAUGACGUCUAUGAUCUCUUUGGGGUCACUCAAUUAACGGCCAUUGAUUCUACCCGUCAUCAUGGCGAACUUGUAGCCCUAAAUACACUGCCUUGGCACAGAAGGGAGAUCGUUGAGAUCCCUGGGAAUAUAGUAGGUGUCGCUUGUGGUUCUGGGAACAUCGCUAGCAUAAAGCCCUUCAAAACGAAAGCGGCUAAAGAAGUUACCAUUAAUGAAGUUACCGAUGGUGUUUUCGUUCUGGAGAACAAACAGUUAACUGUGACGGUCGAGAAUGGAACCAUCACCUCCCUCAUCGAUCGCAAAGUAGGACGCGAACUCAUAUCCGGAGGAGGAAAGGCCAACCAGCUCGUCAUCUUCGAUGAUAAGCCACUGUACUGGCAAGCAUGGGAUGUCGAGGUCUACCAUCUUGAUACGCGGAAGGAAAUAUCGUAUGGCAAGACCCAAAUAUACGAAGAUCAAGCACACCGAGUCAGCGUCUUGACCGAAGCCAAGAUCAGCGACAAGAGCUCAAUUAAGGUGAUCCUAAGCCUAUCUGCUGCCCUCGAGGGUCAACAAUCGUACGUCGAGAGCACUGCUCAUGUGGAUUGGCAUGAGACCAUGAAGUUCCUGAAGGUCGAGUUCCCCGUAGAUAUCAGAAACACCGAAGCCUCUUAUGAGACUCAGUACGGCCUUGUCAAGCGACCCACGCAUUACAACACCACCUGGGACAUGGCUAAGUUUGAGGUGUGCUGCCACAAAUUUGCUGACUUGUCGGAGCACGGCUACGGUGUCUCAAUUCUCAAUGACAGCAAAUAUGGCUUUGCUACUUGUGGCAGUCUCAUGCGUCUUUCUCUAUUACGUUCACCGAAGGCGCCUGAUGCUCAUGCGGAUAUGGGCAAGCACACAAUUCGGUGGGCCAUUCUACCACACCAAGGGGAUCUCGGUGCCACGACUGUACGCGCUGGAUACAACUUCAAUCAUCCAUUGACUAUCCUCUCGGUACCUGUGGGCGCUGACAUUUCUGCGUUGAAAACACACCCUGUUGAACUAACAGGUGAUGAUUCGUUGAUCUUGGAUUGCGUGAAGCGUGGCGAGGAUGAUGAAGACGUUUCUGUCGACACAGCAAUUCCACGGCGCAAGGGCCAAAGCAUUAUCGUCCGUAUUUACGACAGCCUUGGUGGUCGUAGCACUGGGAAAAUCAAAACGACUUGGGACGUUAAGAAGGUAUUCAAGACCAACAUUUUGGAAGAUGAUGGGGAAGAGAUUAAGAUCAGCGAGGAUAGAACUUUUCCCAUUUCUCUUCAUCCCUUUGAGGUGGCUACGUACAGGUUGCAGUUGUAGUCUGGCC